AUGCUGCAGAAGGCGCCGAGGAAAGAGGGAGAGACGGCCGUAGAAGAGUCUGCGGGCGCCAGUGCGCCUGAGGAGGGCGGCAACGGCAACAAUCGUGGCAGCGCCUCACCAGACACGGCCGGUCUAGCCGAGCAGCAGCAGCAGCAAGAUGAUGAUAACGGUUACUUAGAUGAAGAGCUCAGAGAAAAUUGGGGGGGCACAGAGGAUGAACAAAGCAAGCCAAGUGCGUCGCCAACAGGCAACGCAGGCAGCGGCGGAUUCUCCUUCUUCAGCGCAAACUCGGCUCUAUUUGCUCAGUCUCGUUUCAUGGGCGGUAUGAUCACCCCCACGGAAGUCAAUCCCGAAAUGAGUGCAAAACUCAAGGCGGAAAAAGAACGGAAAGCGGCGUUAAGAGCACAAGCCCAAGGAGGCAUAAUGGACAAGUUGUUGGGCCGCCUGGGAUCGGGUGCGAGGCUGUUCUAA